GCCCAAGGAGGACCCACUGACACAUUCAUGAUGGGGGUCGGGAGUGGCGGGUGACUUUCAGGCCUGGGGGCCUGGAGGCCCGGCUGGCAAAGAAAGAAGAGGAAGGAAAAACCCAAACCUCUCUCUCCACCACCUCAGAGAGGAUGGGUUACGGGCAUCAUCUCUUCCUUUUGCAGGCCUCAUCUACCCCCACCUACACCCCCCCAAAGUCUGGGAAGAAUGGCCUCCAGGCGCAGUUGUCUUUCCCAUCCCAGCACUGCCCCACACUUUGCCCCCUCCCUGCCACCCUUCUCAGGACCAGACUUCACCCCUGGAGCCUGGCAAUCACCAGUGUCUUUAAACAGGACCCCGUGUUGGGCCGGAGGGCCAGGGGUCCUUUCAGAAUCUUCUGCUUGGGGUGGAAAAAGUAUUGGGCUGCGACUCCAGACACCUGGAUUCCCAUCCCACUCUGCCGUUCAUUGUUGACUUAACCAACCUAAGCAUGUAUGUUCAUGUCCGCAGGCCUUGGCUCCCUCCCCCACAAAUCCAACCCAGUGUGAUCAGGGGUGGCAGAAAGACUGCUGAAGCUGAGAAUUGAGCUGAACCAGAUCAUGCAAUGCCAGCUUGACCCUGUUUCCUGGCUAGAGAGUCCUGGAGGUCCUGAGGUGAUUUCCAUGGUGAUGGUGGCUGUGGGCGUCUACGCUCGGCUAAUGAAGCACGCAGAAGCAGCGCUAGCCUGCCUGGCAGUGGACCCUGCCAUCCUGCUGAUUGUGGUGGGUGUCCUCAUGUUCCUGCUCACCUUCUGUGGCUGCAUUGGGUCCCUCCGCGAGAACAUCUGCCUCCUGCAGACGUUCUCCCUCUGCCUCACCGCCGUGUUCCUGCUGCAGCUGGCCGCUGGGAUCCUGGGCUUCGUCUUCUCAGACAAGGCUCGAGGGAAAGUGAGUGAGAUCAUCAACAAUGCCAUUGUGCACUACCGAGAUGACUUGGAUCUGCAGAACCUCAUUGAUUUUGGCCAGAAAAAGUUUAGCUGCUGUGGAGGGAUUUCCUACAAGGACUGGUCUCAGAACAUGUAUUUCAACUGCUCGGAAGACAACCCCAGUCGAGAGCGCUGCUCUGUGCCUUACUCCUGUUGCUUGCCUACCCCUGACCAGGCAGUGAUCAACACUAUGUGUGGCCAAGGUAUGCAGGCCUUUGACUACUUGGAAGCUAGCAAAGUCAUCUACACCAAUGGCUGUAUUGACAAGUUGGUCAACUGGAUACACAGCAACCUAUUCUUACUUGGUGGUGUGGCUCUAGGCCUGGCCAUCCCCCAGCUGGUGGGAAUUCUGCUGUCCCAGAUCCUAGUGAAUCAGAUCAAAGAUCAGAUCAAGCUACAGCUCUACAACCAGCAGCACCGGGCUGACCCAUGGUACUGAGAAUCCAUCCUGCACCUCCUCACCAUGGAAACUGGCAAGCCUCAUAAACCAACAGCAGCAGGUGCUGAGAACAGCACCAAAUGGAGAUUUGGAUUCCAGCCCCCCAGUGACAGCCCAGUGGGAAGAAGCAAACUCCAGAUGGGCAGAAAGCAAGGUGCACAGGUGGCUCCGGUCUCAGGAGGAUGCGCCUCUUCUCCCCCAUCCCAGCCUUCAGCAUUGUGCCAGAGUGAUACCCUUAAGUGUCUGGGUUUAUGUUUUCAGUUUUGUUUGGGAAACAGCAGUUGCACAGAGAGUUGGGGGGUACUGCUGCUGCCUUUUCACCGAGGCACUGCCACCACCAGCUCUACCAGGGAUGCUCCUGAGCUUGGCGGACAUACUUAGAUCCUAACGUGCCAGUGAGACCUGGCUGUGGAGAGUAGCACUGGCAGCCCUGCCUGGACUCCACUUGGCAUGAUACCAGCUCCAGAAGGGAAGGGAGUGGAGCAGGCAGUGAGGAGCCAGCCUGGGGGUCGGCUGGGGACAGCCGUAUGUGCUAGGUGGGAGUGGAGGGGGAUAUGUUUACCAAAUGCCUGUCCUGCCAUCCUCCCAGGUAGUCAGAGUGAGCUACAUCCUGCCCCGCCUUCAUUUCCAUGGAAACAUGGCAGCUAGGGCACGGGGUACAACAGCAGCCAAAUUCUUCCCCACCUCCCUUACUUCGAAAAAAAGUUUGGAACCCUGGUCCCUAUACUCUGCAGUCAGAAGUGGGACUGAGCCAUACAUGCCCUUGUAUUCCUCCCUGUCUGGCCCUCCCUCUCCAGCAAGCAGGGUUUUCUUUAACUUGGCAGUGUGCAGAGGAGAAGUGGUAACACCCCCACCCCAUUCCCCUGCAUCGGAGCUCAGUAUUCCUACAGGGUAAGAGGUAGGAAUCUUGCUGGGACGAGGGGAGCCAGAAGUGGCAAUAAAAGCGUGUUGACCUGGGCUA